AUGGGGGAGGGGGCCGGCGGUCCCCACAGCGGGCGGGGGAAAGGAGGGGAGCGAGGGGAGGAGCGGACGAGAGGCGCCGCGCGCUCUCAUUCCCCCGCCUCCCUCCCUCCCUCGCCUCUCCCUCCGCACACACGCCGCACGCUCUACACCCCGCCGUGGCUGGCUCGCCGCCCUCCCUUUCCUCUUCCGUCCGGCCUCCCCGCCCUCGGUCCACCCCCUCCGCGCGCUCGCCCACCCCGCCCAGCCCGGAUCUCUGUCAGCGGCCGGAAGGGAAACGCGAAGCCAGCGCGGCCGCGGGGGGAGUCCGGCUUCUUGGUGGACAGAAUCGAUGAGGGACAAUUGAAGGUCCCCGGCCAGGGCCACUCCCCAGCAGAUCAGAAGAUCCCAGUGGAAAGACAUCUGACCACCAUGGCCCAAUCAGUAACUGGCUUAAGAAACAAAACUAUCUUCUGGAAUUCAACAGCAGUUUUACCUUCAAGUGAUGCUGCAAAUGGGAUAUUAGUCUCUCACCAGUGAUGCCUGCUACCUUUCCAAAUCUCCCCUGGAUUCAACUGAAUGCCAGUUUCACUUUGACAUGAUCUCCUUCUCUGAUGACUCCCUUCCUCCGGCAAAAUCCAAUAUCCUAAGUCCCAUAAUCAGGAACAAUGACUCACGGGGUCUCCUAACAGACCAACAGUAAUAGGUAGGGCCAGUCCUAUGCCCAGGGUCAGCAGAAAGUAAUUGGAAGAUGAGAUCUCCACCCCAGUGCCAAAGAUUUGUCACUGUUCUUGGGGUGGGUUGUGGAGUCCUGAUAAAUAAGCAACAAUGAGGAAGGGGACUGGGGCCAGGUCUGGGAGAACAAUUUGUCUAAGAGACCACUAACCCCAAACAACCCACUAGCACAACUACCUUGCUCCACACGUAGCCCCAGUGGCAUAACCUCAUUCCGCAUGUAGCACCCUCCAGCAAGACCUUAUAAAACUUCCCUUCUGCCGGGCGCGGUGGCUCAAGCCUGUAAUCCCAGCACUUUGGGAGGCCGAGACGGCGGAUCACGAGGUCAGGAGAUCGAGACCAUC